AUGGCGUCGAAGAUAAUGCGCGACGAGCACGCGGACGGAAUCUCUAUCGUCGCGUUCGGCCCGGAAGGGACUCUCGCGCACCGUCGAUUAUUCUUCGAUGACGAUUUUCAAAUCGUUUCCCCUUGGCACGACGUACCGCACCGCGCCGCGGACGACGGAUUUAAUUUCCUCUGCCACACGUCGAAAGGCGCGUCCGCGAUAGUCGAAGUCGCGAAAGACGAGGAUUACAACCCUAUUCGCCACGUGGCGCGAGACGGCGGCGCGGCGCGCUACACAGCCACUUCCACAUGGAACCUCGGGAUUGCGCCGCAGACGUGGCAGGAACCCAAGGACGAAUGCGACGUGGGUAAUGGCCGGCUGCUGCCAUUCGCCGGCGGGCCCGUACGCGUUAUAGAGAUCGGCGGCGUGGUAGCGAAACCGGGGCAGCUGUACUCGGUGAGGCCGCUCGGCGCGUUCGCGACGAUUCGCGAAGACGAAGGGACGGUUUCGUGGACGGUUAUCGCGCUUUCGUCGAGCGACGCGUGGGAGCAUCUGCUGAAGAAUAUGGCGGACCUGCAGCGGGAGAAGCCGGGCGAAAUCGAACGACUGAAAAAGUGGCUUCUAACAGCCGAUUCAGCCCAUCCCACAUCCCUAGGCUUCAACGACCAACCCCAGCCUCGCAAAGCCGCCGUCGCCGCCCUAUCCGCCGCCCACGCCGCGUGGAAAGCCAAACGCGACGUCCUGGCUCGGUUUCCGAACCUAGACCUCCCGUCCGGCGACGACGCCGAAGCUCCUCCCGAGCCUGAGGUGCUCCGGGAAAUCUGGGAGCCUACUAUUGAGUGGUAUUUAGACGAGGCGGGGACUACUAUGGAAGAGUGUAUUAAAGCCGCACAUGGGUUAGCUACUCAUGGGGGAAGCACACAUGGGGGGGGGAUACCUCAUUCGUCUUCUGGCCUGGGGGAAGGAAUAGUGCAUACAGUGGGGGGUAUAGCGAGCUCUGUUGGGGAAUUUCGCGGAAGCCUCGCUCAUUCCAUCAGCAAGGGGGUAAGCAGCAGCAGGAAGGGGCUAGUUGGCGGAAUCACCCACACGGUAGGGGGUAUUGCGGAUAUCGGCGGGGGAAUCAGGGGGGGGAUUAAGGGGGCAGUAGGGGGGAUUGGGGGGGCGGUGGGGGGAAUAGGGUCGCGCCUGGGGAAGAGCAGGAAGGGUAUGGGUGGGAUGGGUGGCAUGGGUGGGAUGGGUAAGGCAGGGAGACAUGGAGAGGAAGAGGCAGAAUGGGAGAUCUCGGCUCCUGAAACCAGCAGCACCAUCAACAGCAGCAGCAGCAUCAGCAGUGGCGGUGGCGGUGGGGGUGGUGAUGGUGGUGGUGGCGGCGGCGGUGGUGGUGGUGGUGGGGGUGGGGGUAGUGACAGCGAGAGCAGUAGCAGCAGCACCCCCAGCAGCGGUGCUACCAACGAGGAUCGUCAACUAGUUAAGAACAGCGCUGCGUCUUUUUCAGGGUCUUCCUUUGCUAAGACCCACUCGGGAAAAAUAGGAGGCUCUUUCGCUGCUAUAGGAGGGGGUCUUUCUAAGAUUGGUGGCGCUGCUAGUGGGUUAACUAACGCCGUUUCAUCUGCUCGUGGGAAAGCCGUUUCAUCUGUUGGGAGUACGGUUUCAUCUGUGAGAGGAGCGGUGGGAGGAGCAGUGUCAACUGUGGGCGGAGCGGUGGGAGGGGCUGUUACAACUGUGGGUGGUAAGGUUGGUGGUGCAGUUACAACUGUUGGUGGGGCGGUGGGCGGCGCGGUGGGCGGGGCUGUUACAACUGUUGGUGGGAAAGUGGGUGGGGCGGUUACACGUGUGGAAGGUGCUGUGAUGGGAGGUUCGGGAAGAGAACUAGGCUCGAGCAAUUCGGGAGGUGGGUUCGGUGAGGAGGAGGAAGAGGAGGAAACGGAAGGAGAGGAGGGAGGAGAGGAGGAGAAGCGGGUGGUGGGAGAAGAAGGUGGGGAGGGUGGUCAUCACCCCCCCACUCAGUAUGAGAGCAACCAGCAGCCUGAGGGUGGAAGAGAGGGAGGGGCGAAACACGGGGAAGAGAGGGAACAGGAGAGGCAGAGGGAAGCAGCAGCAGCAGCCGCAGGAGCAGAGGGAGCAGCAGAGGGAGCAGCAGGGGGAGCAGGAGAAAUGAGGCCGAGGAAAUCGGCACUGAAGCGAGUUGUGAGUGUAAAGCACAAGCCGGAGGGAGAGCCCAAAGUAGUAAAAGUGGUGGUUUUCGAUGAUGAUUUCCUUGCACGCAUGGGAGAGGAAGGGGGAGAGGGAGGGGGAGUGGGAGGGGGAGUGGGAGGGGGAGUGGGGGAAGGAGAAUCAGGAAAGGAAGGGUCAGCAGAGGAACUUGCUAAAGUGGUGAAGGUGGCGGAUUUUGAAGAGGAGGGAGAAGGGGAAGGGGAAGGAGGGGGACGACGGGGAGAGGUUGGUGGUUCGGAGAAGGAGAGGGGAAAAGGAGAGGGUGGCUCAGAGUUGCCUAAAGUGGUAAAGGUGGUGGAAUUUAAUGAGGGGAAAGGGGAGGGAGGGGGAGCCGGCGAGAAUGAUGUGGGGGGGGGCUUAACUGGGGGAGGUUUGGCUAGGGGAGGUUCGACUGGCAUUGGCAGUGGUGCUGGUACUGCUGCUCCUGCCCCCGGUUGGUUUGGCUGGGGUUGGCAGCAGCAGCAGCAGCAGCAGCAGCAGCAGCAGCAGCAGCAGCAGCAGCAGCAGCAGCAGCAGGAGGAGCAAAAACAGCAGCAGGAGCAGGAGCAAAAGCAAAAGCAACAGCAACAACUACAGCAGCAGCAGACGGCAACAGAGGCAGAGGGAGGGGUGGUGGGAGGGGCGAGGGGCGAGGGGCAGCAGAAGGGGCAUCAGCAGGGGCAGCAGGGGCAGCCGGAAGGGAAGAGGAGUGAUGGAGGGGAGGAUGACAAGGGAGGGGAGGAGGAGGGAGAGGUGCAGGAGGAGGGGCGGGAGCAGCGCCUAGACCUCAGCUUCAGCUCCCUCCCUCAACCAGGCACCAGCACAGACGGUACUGCUGCUGCUGGUGCUGCUUUAACGCAAUCAAAUACCAUCAGCGGCGGCGGUGGUAUUGGCGACUUGUCAUUUGGAGCAGGGUCGGACUCUGCUGGCUCUUUCGUCACCAUCUCUCUUUCCGGAAGCUCCAAGCGCGAUUCCUUUGCUCGAGAUUCUUUCUCGCGAGAUUCCCUUUCUCGUGACUCCCUGUCUAGGGAUGCACCCGGGUCCUCCUCACGAGAAUUCGGCGGUUUCUUUUCCGGGCCUGCCUCCGGGCCUGCCUCCGGGCCGUUUCGCUCAAGCAGGCGCCGUUCUCUCAGUCGAGAGGAUUUCUCCCCGGAUCUAGCCGGUUCCCCAACCCUCUCCCCCCAACGAUACGCAUCUCCUGUUCACGAGCGCUUGACAGCAGCCGGGAUUCUCAGCAACACUCCCCGAGGCUCUGGAGCUGGUUCGGCCGGUGGCGCUGGUGCCCGCUUCGGCAGCGUAGCAUGGCCGGAGGAGAAGAGGAUUGGGCUCGUGGCUAAGGCUCUUGCUGCUGCUGGCGCCUCUCCUGCUGCUGCUGCUGCUGCUGCUCCUGCUGCGAAUACGGAGGAGGAGGGUGGUGCAAUGAGGAGUAAGGAGGAAAGCGAGGUGGAUACCAAUGCGGAUACUGAGGAGCAUACUAAGGAGUACACUGAGGAGGAUAGUAUGGUGGAUAAUACGGAGGAUUCUAUGGAGGUUAUUAAAGAGGAUAUUGAUGACCAUGCUAAGGAGCAUAGUGAGCAGUAUACUAAGGAGGAUGAUAAGGAAGGUAGUUUGGAGCAUGGUAUGGAGGAUAUUAAGGAGGAUAUUGUGGACCGUGCUAAGGAUACUAAUGAGCCUACUACGCAUGAUAGUGAGGAGGAUAGAAAGGAGGAUACUAUAGAGGGUAUUGUGGAGAGUACUAAGAAAGAUACUCAGGACACUGUCAAGGUGGAUUUUGAAGCCGACUCUAAGGAGUAUAUGAAGGAGGAUAUUGCGGAGGGUAGGGAGGGUGAGGGCAGGGGGACAGAGGAGGAUCAGAAGGAGAAGGAAAAGGAGGAGAAGGAGAGGGAAAAGGAGGAGGAGAGGGAAAAGGAGAGGGAAAAGGGGAAGGAGAGAAAGGAGAAAGAGAAGGAGAAGGAGAGGUCUGGGAAGGCGAGGAAGAGCCGAAGUGGGGACAAGGGCAGUGCAGGGGCAGCAGAGGUGCCGGAAACACCAAGGGGGGGUGAAUGCAACGAGGGUGAUACAGCUGGUGGCGUUGAUGCGGGUGAUGUGGCUGGUGGCGUUGAUGAGGGCGGGGACAGCCUGUCUUUGCUGCGGGCCAAGACGGUGGGUGAUGGGGGUGAUGGGGGUGAUGGGGGUGAUGAGGGCAAUGACAAUCUGUCUUUUCUGCGGGCGAGGACAAUGUCUUCGGUGGAAACACAGGGGGAGAAGGAGAAGAAGCACCGCGAGAAGAAGAAGGAGAAGGGGUCUUCAAAGCACCGCAAAUCGCCGUCGGUUUCGGAGCUUGCUUUGAACAGCGGCAGCGGUGGUGGGAGCAAGGAAGGCAGGGAAGACAGGGAAGGCAGGGAGGGCAAGGAGGGUGUUGGCAGUGGAAGAUUUAGGAGUGUUGGGAGUCCUGCUAGCAGCACCACGAGCAGCCAUGGGCAUAGUAGCGUGAGUGGUGAUAUGGAUCCUGCAGCUGCUGCAGCGGCGAAGGAGGCAAGGAGGGCUGCGAGGAAGCAGAAGAAGGCUGAACAGGCUGCUGCUGAGUCGGCAGCUGCUGCUGAGGCUGCUGCUGCUGGUGCUGGUGUUGGUGGUGCUGCAGCUGCUUGUGCUGCUGCUGGUGCUGUUGGUGCAGGAGAGGCAGGGGCAGCAGCAGGUGUGGAGGAGGGGCUUGAGAAGAGAAGGAAGGAGAAGGAGAGGAGUGGUGAGGAGAAGGAAGUGAAGGGGAAGGAUGAAAAGGAGAAGGAAGGGAAGGGGAAGGACGAAAGGGAGAAGGAGAGAAAAAAGAAGGAGAAGAAGGAAAAGGAAGGAGAGGAAAAGGAAGGAAAGGAGAAGAAGAAAAGGGAGAAGGAAGGAAAGGAAGGAAAGGAGAAGGAAAGGAAGGAAGGAAGGGAAGGAAAGGAGAAAGAGGGAGUGGAGAGGAGUAAGUCUAAGAAAAUAUCGAGCAUCACGAGUUUGGAUGAGACAAUCCCGAAAGCUUUUGAAGGUGCACCUGGGGAAGGCUUAUCUGGUGCAGGUGAUGAUGACUCUGUAUCUGACGUGUCGAGUAUGGGGGGAGGGAAGAGGAGCAAGGAGGAGAGGGAGGCGAGGCGGGAGGAGAGGAGGAGGAAGAAGGAGAAGGAAAGGGAGAAGGAAAGGGAGAAGGAAAGGGAGUAG